AUGAACCGGCGAAAUUCCACUCCUAGCGAUUUACAACAGGUGAUUCGAAAAUGUGCUUUUAUAGGAGUUCUUUUAAGCUUCAGUGUUGCACUUUUAUACUGGUGGUUCUCUGGCAAUCCGGACUAUGAAGGUACUGCAAUCAACAGUGAAAGCAUCGACUAUUACCACAGAACCGCUUGUGAAAGGAAAUACAACAGCACAUAUCCACUUAGUCAUCCAGAAGUUACGUCCGACGGAAGGAGGUUUAGAAUUGGAAUUAUAGCGGAUCUUGAUGAAAACUCCAAAUCGACUUCAAAGAAGAACACGUGGACAAGUCAUUACAAACGGGGCUACUUGACUCUGAAGAAGAGUGGUCAGGUAACUGUGGAAUGGGAUGAAGAUAUUGUAGUAUUAUCCUCUACUUUGUCUCAGAAAGGAAGAGGGAUGGAGCUGUCAGAACUAAUAGUUUUUAAUGGAAAAUUGUAUGCCGUUGAUGAUCGCACUGGAGUUGUGUUUGAAAUUAAAGACAAGGGGACCGUUGCUUGGGUGAUUUUACCGGACGGCGAUGGAACGGAGGAGAAGGGUUUUAAAGCGGAAUGGAUGGUAGUUAAAGGAAAGACUCUCUAUGUUGGAGGCCUCGGAAAAGAAUGGACAACAACAGAAGGAGUUUUCCAAAAUCAUAACCCACAAUGGGUUAAAAGUAUAGGGCCUAAUGGUGAUGUGGUGCAUCAUGAUUGGGUGUCCAGAUAUGAGGCUUUGAGAGGGGCCCUUGGUAUCAAGUACCCGGGGUAUAUUAUCCAUGAGGCAGCAAACUGGAGUGACAAACAUAAGAAGUGGUUUUUCUUACCAAGGAGAGCAAGCCAUGAGUCUUACAAUGAAAAAGAUGAUGAACAUUGUGCAACCAACGUCAUGAUAUCCUGUGAUGAGCACUUCACAAAUUUCCAUGUGCGCACCAUUGGUGAACUUAAUUUGACUCACGGAUUUUCAUCAUUCAAGUUUAUUCCAGGAACUGAUGAUAAAUUAUUUGUGGCUCUCAAGACAGAAGAAGACAGAGGAACUAUUCGUUCUUACAUUGUUGCUUAUGAUAUUUCUGGAAAAAUGAUCAUGCCUGAGACCCAUAUUGGUGACAAUAAGUUUGAAGGAAUUGAAUUUAUAUAA